CAUGAACCAUAUAAGGUCCUUAAGCGCGAUUUCUUGAAGAGCGAAGCAAAUUGAGGAUCAGUGUUGGUGUCGUUUGGAUCUAUUAGGCUAAAGGUUCCUAGGGACUUUGAUCUGAUUGGUGUCGUGGUCGCCCCCACCAGUUAUUCGAGCCAUUGUUUUCCAAACACAACAGCAGCUGAAACUUCGCAGUGAACGUCAAUUGUGAAUUUUCCUUUGCUAGGAAACCAGUGGAAUUUCGUUAAAUUUUGGUGAAAAUAUGCGUUUCAUGUAUAAAGAAGAGUUCCCGUUCGAAAAGAGGAAAGUCGAAGGCGAGAAAAUCCGCCGAAAAUACCCCGACAGAGUGCCAGUGAUUGUGGAGAGGGCCCCCCAGGCGAAGAUUGGCGAUGUGGAUAAGAAGAAGUACCUAGUCCCGUCCGAUUUGACUGUGGGCCAAUUCUACUUUCUGAUCAGGAAGAGGAUCCAUCUGAGGCCCGAAGAUGCACUGUUCUUUUUUGUUAACAAUGCCAUUCCCCCUACGUCUGCCACCAUGGGAUCUUUGUACCAGGAGCAUCACGAGGAAGACUUUUUCCUGUACAUCGCCUACUCGGACGAAAACGUUUAUGGAACCAAGCAGUAACUAAAUUAUUUUUUUCCAAUGUCGGUAUCAGCUGCGUAAAACCAAGCGCCAGCUACAAGCGCGGCUCUUGCGCAGCUGAUCGAGAUUUUAUUUUAUGUAACUAUAUAAACAAAUAAACACUGUACAAGGCACUCUCGAUGUAAAUGGUAAGUUUUGGCCGGAAUUUCGUGUGAGUGAACGGAGGGUAAUUUUAAGAUUUUGUUCAUUUCCGCACUAUGCGUUGCAGGACUUAGGAACGCUUGAUUCUCUAAAAAGUGUCGAGACGCAUUAGAAUGUAGAUAUAACUGUACAAUAAAAACCUGAAAAUAAACAAAAA